GGGCGCUGGGCGGCCGGGGCGCGGGCCCCCAGUCGCCCCCGCGCUGCUCGCUGCUGGAGCUGCCGCCGGAGCUUCUGGUGGAAAUCUUCGCCUCGCUACCCGGCACCGACCUGCCCAGCCUGGCCCAGGUCUGCACCAAGUUCCGGCGCAUCCUGCACACCGACACCAUCUGGAGGCGGCGCUGCCGGGAGGAGUAUGGCGUUUGCGAGAACCUGCGGAAGCUGGACAUCACGGGCGUGUCUUGUAGAGACGUCUAUGCCAAGCGUGGAUGGCUUGUUCAUCAUUGGCUGGAUGUACCUGCCUCCCCAUGACCCUCAUGUGGACGACCCAAUGCGAUUCAAGCCCCUGUUCAGAGUCCACCUGAUGGAGAGAAAGUCUGCCACGGUGGAGUGCAUGUAUGGCCACAGAGGGCCCCACAACGGCCACAUUCAGAUUGUGAAGAAGGACGAGUUCUCCACCAAGUGCAACCAGACUGACCACCACAGGAUGUCUGGCGGGAGGCAGGAGGAAUUCCGAACGUGGCUGAGGGAAGAAUGGGGGCGGACACUGGAGGACAUUUUCCACGAGCACAUGCAGGAGCUCAUCCUGAUGAAGUUUAUCUACACCAGUCAGUACGACAACUGCCUGACCUACCGCCGCAUCUACCUCCCGCCCAGCCACCCGGAUGACCUCAUCAGACCCGGCCUCUUCAAAGGCACCUACGGCAGCCACGGCCUGGAGAUCGUCAUGCUCAGCUUCCAUGGGAAGCGUGCCAGGGGCACGAAGAUCACAGGUGACCCCAACAUCCCUGCUGGGCAGCAGACCGUCGAGAUCGACCUCAUGCACCGCAUCCAGCUGCCUGAUGUGGAGAGCCUCCGCAACUUCAAUGAGCUCUCCCGCAUCGUCCUGGAGGUUCGGGAGCAGGUGCGCCAGGAACAACAGCAGCAGGAGAACGGGCUCGAGGACGGUGGGGGCCGCGGCCGGCAGAGCCCCCGGGAGCCCCAGCGGGGCUCUGCCCAGCCCAGUGUGGAGCUGCCUGCCGAGAAGGUCGGGGAGCCUGGGGACGGAGAGGCUGCGGCUGCGCCUGCCCCUGAGCAGCCCGCCCAGUGCGGGCAGGGGCAGCCGUUUGUGUUGCCUGUGGGCGUGAGCUCGAGGAACGAGGACUAUCCCCGCACCUGCAGGAUGUGUUUUUACGGCACAGGCCUCAUCGCCGGCCACGGCUUCACCAGCCCUGAGCGCACCCCUGGGGUCUUCAUCCUAUUCGACGAGGACCGUUUCGGGUUCAUCUGGCUGGAGCUGAAAUCCUUCAGCCUGUACAGCAGGGUGCAGGCCACCUUCCGGAAUGCAGAGGCGCCGUCCCCACAGGCCUUCGAGGAGAUGCUCAAGAACAUCCAGUCCCUGACCUCCUGACGGGCCACUUUCUUGCGGGGCAGCUCCUGGGGCCCUGGACCUGGCACCUGGGAAAGGAAGCAGCAUGCACUUUGGAGAUUCGGCCUUCUGACCAGAACACCCACCUUGUAGGAGUCUCGGCCCAGCCACCCCAAGACUCUUUGUACAGAGUGUGUGACGUUUGCGUGUGUCCUCGUUAGGAGCUCGUGGGAAGGCUGACUGAGCACGUCUUACAAAAAGAAAGAAAGAAAGAAAGAACCAGAACGGGACUGAUUGAGAGGGCUGGCUGCAGAGUUUUGUGAACAACUCAAGUGGAGAAAUUGGGUUUGUCCUUGGCCUGCUGGUGGUUUUCAAGGGACAGGCUGAGCGACCCUGGGCGCUGCUAGGAGGGAUUGUGUGUGGGCCAUGCCAGCUGGAGGCGAGUGGAAGCGGCUGCAGGCUGGCAGGGGCCUGGGGCGAGGGCAGCCUGGGUGUGGGGCAGUGUGUGCACAAACGGAGGCCCGGGGGGGUCCAGGAUGCUGGGCCAGGACCCUGGACUGAAGUGCCGUUUCUCCGCUAACCUGCUUAGAGUUUGGACAAAAGCAUUUCCCCUCUGACACGUUUGUGCAUCAGUGCAGGGGGUCAGCGAUGCGGGCCGGGAGGGAACGGCGGCUUGGCGGCCCUGGCCUCUGUCCAGCUUUAGAACCAAGACCUUUGCUGCAUCCAGUUCCACACAGGCCGUUUGUUUGCACCCCCAACCCACCUCCUGCCCACGCUCUGGUCUCAGAACCUGCCCCAGAAUUGGGCAGGGCCGCAUCCGGAACAGCCCUGCGUUCCCCCACUUGCGUAGCGUGCACAGGUGUUGUUCUUGGGAGGGUAUAAGCAGCAGAGUGGUGGCACAGAUGACCUUGGAGCCCCUUUGCGGGGAACAGGGCAGCUUUCUAGAAGUCACCCCCAUGGAUGGAAUGCACUUUGGAGACCAGGGUCCCUUGGGAUCCUCCACGGCAGGGGUCUGAGCACAGAUGCUUCUGUGGGUGCUCUGCCGGUGUCCCAGAGACGCCUGCAUUUGGGGACCCACUGUAAGGUCUCUGCUGAUCUAGUGUCUCCUGAAGAACAGAGCCCCAAAUGCACGUACACCCCCAAGAAUUAGCUGCAGCUCUGCCUCCAGCCUGCAGACAGCUGUCACCACGUUCACCUCCCGUGGGGGGGGGCGGCUUCACUGGGGAGGCAGGCCAAUGGUCCCCCUCCCUGUUGCUCGCCCUUGCUGGGUGGACUGUGCUGAGCCCUCAUGCCGGGGGCAAGGGACCCCAGGGAAGGGGGCAGCUUCGUGGUGCCUUCAUGUAGAGACCAACGUGAGAUGUCCCAUGAAACAUGUUUUCUUGAUGAAUUUCUCCCUGACUGGCCUUUUUGUAAAAAUAAAAAAUCCCUAUUGCUCUAGCUUCAGUACCUUUGGCAACUUUGACCUUCCUUUGCUUCCCAGAAUUGUAGAAUUGAUAAGCUCUGGGGCAUGGUCCCUAAAAGACAGACCUUCUAGGAGGUUCUUCCCAGCUCCCGACUUGGGAAGGAGGCAAGCCAAGAAGGUGGGGUCCCGUCCGGCUGGCUGUCGGACACACCAUGGCUACCUCCCACAUCCUUCUAGUAGGCCCUGAGGCGCGGUCCCAGUUUUCGUGUCUUCCGCAGGACCGAGCCUCCAAGCGCUGUCACCCCCACCCCCUUGUGGCCGUCACUGUGUGUCCUGUGCCAGGCAUGCUGCUGCUGCAUGGUGGUAGCCGCGGCCGGGAAGCCUCGGUGAGAACGGAGUGAAGGCCCGCGGGGCGCACGGCUGCCGCGCGCCACGUUUCGCCCGAGCCUGAGGCUCACUCUAAGGUCGCUCCGCCCGAGGCCCCCCGUUGUCUGUACAGCCCACUCAGAUUGAAGAUGAGCCUUUCUGAUGAAAAACCGGUCUCGAACCCAGACGGUGGAACCUGCCUGUGGAGUGUGGGUUUCUCCAUGGUUCCUGCGAGCCGUGGCUGUUGGCUGUGUUCACGUGGGUCCCUGGCUCUGGCAUCAGGCGGUGCCCCGGGGACCUGUGGGGCCGAACGGCUCGGCAGUGGUCUGGGUGGGGGCUUGUCACCUGCACAGCCGGGCAUCCAGCAUACGUCUUAUUUCCCACUUAGUGGAACUGUGGCCAGUUUUGGUUUCCAGUUAAGUAGGCGAGCGUGCAGAGGCUGUGCAAGCCAGCCCCAGGGGGCGUGCCUGAGGGCAGAGCAGGCAACCAGCCCAUCCGGGCAGCUUCCAGCCGGUAAUUCGUUGCAGGGGAGGAUUCAGAAAGGCUGAGGUUGUGGUUGGAAGCCUGAGGGCAGCUGGGGGUUUGAUAACACAGGUCCCCACAAGGAACCUGAAUGACCCAAUUUAGGGACGGUCUGCGCCCACGUGCUGCAUGAUUCGGGGAAGGUGGCGGUGGACCUGGGUCGGUGUGGCCAUCUUCCCCUGGUUGGCACCCCCUUACUUGCCACUGUGCUGCCGUGAGGUCGGGUGAGUCUGUCGUGGUGUGAGUGGCAGGAGAGGAGCCUCGGGUGCGUGUCUGCCUCCGUGGGCAUGUGCUGUUCUGCUGCUUGAUAGGAAGAGCCGCGAUUGGAGAUUUCAGAUGGGAGUCCUUGGAGGUUCUUACGUACUGGGGCUGAAUGUUCAGUGCAGGAGGCUGUUGCGAUUGGCCACUCAGGCCUGGCGGUCUAUCUGGUUAUGUUGGCCCACCCAGCUCAGACGUGCAGUGUCUGCUGCUGGGUGGGAGCAGGUUUGGAGGCCUCGUGGUGGUGGGAGUUCCAGAAUCCUUCCUCCCACAGGCCAGACUGGGCCUCCCGUCCAGGCCUCGCCCCUCCGUCCCUCCAUCUGGGCAGCUGGCUCACUGUGGCUGGUGUUGAGGGCUGCACCCUCCCGCCCUCCCUCUCUCACCUCGUGCCCCAACCCAAGCAGCUUAGGCUGGGCGCCUGUACCUGGUGUUCCUCUUGGCCAAGGCGGAGGGUGGCAGCACUCCCACAGUGGGCUCGCUCAAGGAGCAGGCCAGGCCUCCAUCCCCGCUUCAUGCAGAACAAGCUCCGAGCUGGAGUUGGCCCGUCCGACGUCCUCUCUCCCUGAGAACCUGGGGUUUGCUGCUGUGGCCCGGUCAGGCAAGGCCCGUCCCUUAGGCAGCCCACCCCCGUGCCCCACCAGCUGCAGCGGUUCAGGGCUGGUGCUCGGUUUGUGGGUGGCCCGUGUAGCUCACACUGCUCCAGUGCUCACGAGACGGAGAGGACCCUGCUCGGCCCCCUGCUCAGCCCCCUGGCGUGGCGAACUCGGCCACAGGGGUCUUGGGAUUUCUGAGCUCCCCGCGCAGACCCGGUGCUUUGAGGAGGCUGCCCUGUUCUGUCAGAAGCCCUCGUUCUGCCUCUGUCUUUGUGCUCUAACUUUCAGGAAUGCUUACGGGAGAGUUCUCAGACAGCCCUCCCUGGCUUGCGGCUCGUGCACCCCAGUCCUUGGCUGGUUCCAGAGGUAACGUAGGCUGACCUCCUGUUCCUACUUUUGGGAGGUCUGGGACGUCAUCUGACUAUACAUCCUCGGAAGUGUUUAGAGAGUCGGAAUAAGCCAUGGCGCCGUCGGUUAGCCUGCAGCUGCGAAUGGGAACAAGACAGUGCCAAAUUACCGAGUGCUCUGUGUCAUUUACAGCUUGGCGGCCUGUAGGCCGGCCUUCAGGAGGCGUGGGUGACCGGCGGUGCCUCUGAGGCUUGGAAGACAUCCUCUCUUCUGGGCCCUUUCUGUGCUCACAGGGAGACCCGCCAAAACACAGGAAGGGGUCAGAACCUUUACUUUUUCAGCCUAAUUUUACUUUCGGUUGUUCUUUGAGAUCACGUAACCAACUUGGAGAAGAAACCCGUUUCUGCUGCUUGAUACUGAAAUCCCACGCCCUGACAGCCGACAGGUGAGGUGGGGGGAGGUACUGUCCCUCUCGGGCGUCUGCUGUGGUGCGGGGUGGGCUGGAGCGGGGGUGAUGCCCCUGCGGCAGGGCCAGGACCCGAGGAAGUGGCUGCUUUGAGCCUGCGCCCAGUGUUGUCACCGGGAUGGGACCACCCUGUGGGGCUGUUUCUCCAUAAAUCAGUUUUUGAAACGUU